GUAAUGGACCAGUUCGUCGGCUCCACUCCGAGACAAACCUUGGAGCGGUUGUCCGCCUUCCUGGGCUGCAGCCCGACCUCUGUAGAAGUGGCCGCCUGGCUGGACGAACAUGACACCCUGAGGAAUCUCAGGAAGAAAUUCCUGGUGCCCAAAAUAGCAGAUUUGCCUCAUUCCGAUCCCUCGCUGGUCGACGGUGCCGAGAAGUGCAUCUACCUGGCAGGAAACUCCUUGGGGCUCCAGCCCAGAAGGGCCAGGAAGUACCUGGAGGUGGAGCUGGACAAGUGGGCCAAGAUGGGGGUCCACGGUCACACGGAAGGCUCUCGGCCCUGGGCCUGGGCGGAGAACAACAUAGAGGGCAUCAUGGCUGACCUUGUUGGAGCUAAAGAGGAGGAGGUGGCGCUGAUGAACGGCCUGACGGUCAAUCUCCACCUUCUGCUGCUUUCCUUCUACAAACCCACGGACGCUCGGCACAGGAUCCUCCUGGAGGACAAGGCCUUCCCCUCGGACCAUUACGCCGUAGAGUCCCAGAUCCGGCUCCGAGGAUUCGACCCAGAGAGGAGCAUGCUGCUGCUGCCCCCCAGACCGGGAGAAGAGACCCUGAGAACCAAGGACAUCCUGAAGGUCAUCGAGAAGGAGGGCGACUCUAUCGCCGUGGUGAUGUUCAGCGCGGUCCAGUAUUACACCGGCCAGCUGUUCGACAUGGCCGCCAUCACCGAGGCCGGCCACAGGAAGGGCUGCUUCGUGGGCUUCGACUGCGCCCACGCGGUGGGAAACGUGGAGCUGAAGCUGCACAAGUGGGGGGUCGACUUCGCCUGCUGGUGCUCCUACAAGUACGUGAACUCGGGUGCUGGAGGACUCGCCGGCGCGUUCAUCCACGAGAAACACUCUGUGGAACCCGCGCUGUUGGGGUGGUGGGGUCAUGACCUUCAAACUCGGUUCCAGAUGAAUAACAGGAUGCAGCUGCAGCCGGGGGUCAACGGCUUCAGACUGUCCAACCAGCCCAUCCUGCUGGUCUGCCCCCUGCAGGCCAGUUUGGAGGUGUUUAUGAUGACCAGCAUGCAGUCGCUGCGCAGCAAGUCCCUCCUGCUGACGGGCUACCUGGAGUAUCUGAUCCAGCAUCACUACACAGAGGACCCGGACCGGCCCCACAGACCUCACAUCCGCAUCAUCACGCCCUCCGACCCCCAGCAGAGGGGCUGCCAGCUGUCGCUCUGCUUCUCCAUCCCCGUGGCCAAGAUCUUCCAGGAGCUGGAGAGGAGGGGCGUCGCUUGUGACAUGAGGGAGCCCAGCGUGCUGAGAAUCGCUCCGGUGCCGCUCUACAACCGCUUCAGAGACGUCCACCGCUUCAUAGAAACACUGGGAGCAGCACUGGGAGCAGCACUGGGAGCAGCGCUGGGAGAGGCCAAUGAACUGGGAGCGGCCAAUGAACUGGGAGCGGCCAAUGAACUGGGAGAGGCCCCUGAAUGCAACACAGUGAACCCACCGACUGCUGCAGACUGUGGAGGCUUUUAUUUUACGACUUAA